AAAAUCGAAGGUGCUUGAUAAAGUACUCGUCGUGAUAUAAGGACUGUAAAUAAUCGUUAUUACGCACGUCAGUAUCAGUUUCAAUAUGGAUUAUUUGCUUCUGCGUAAGGGAACAAUCGGAAUUCUCUUCACAAAACCUGCAGCAAAUAUUUUCUUGUCAAAAUAAGCAUCAUUAUUGCUACGUAUGUACAUACAUAUUAUCAUUUAAUAAUUAUUUGCAUUAAAUAGCUUUUUCGAAAAUAUUGAGAUAUAAAUAUCUCGAAUGUUCUUCUACCGAACGAACUAUAUAGUUCAAUCACGUAGACGGUUACGACAUUUUGGACAUAACGAUGAUUCUCGACUCGACCGUUUCGAUAUUUCGAGAAUCGCAAUCUUCCGUCCUCGGCAACUUCAAAUCGCGUCAAUCACGCGACGUGCCGCGGCGGAGUCGUACGAGUUCGUACCUUAUUUUUCUGUAAUUAUCGCCGUCUAAAAGUGAAUCUCGCGGUCAACGGGUCAUCAGCAGUAUCGCAUAAGGCACGAGUGCUUUUGUUAUGCAAUAAACAUCGCUCAUACUCGUCGAUUUGCGCCGAUAUAGCAAUUUCAGUAUCGCCGUUGCUUUCCUAACCACAAGGCGCGGCGGGAGCGGUGAGAAUUAUCGGCGGAUCGCGGCGGGGAUCGAUAGUCGGUAACGUCGGACAUGUUCCGUUCCAUCGAAUCUAUCGGACGUUCCGAUAUAGUUCCGAGCUACGAAACUUCACCCGAUGCAGCAGAGCCGUGUUGCGACGUCGACGUUUCGUCUCUCGCUGCGAGGUAACGAGGUCGUGUUGAUCGGGUCGUUUGACCUCGCGCGUCGUGUGCCUUGACUGUUGUUUCUAACCUCAAACAUGGCUGAGGAACAAGAUCCGGGAGACCGGGUUGACAACGACAACCAGAAAAAUGACAAGAUGUUCACCCUGAAGAAGUGGAAUGCCGUGGCUAUGUGGAGCUGGGAUGUGGAGUGCGACACUUGUGCUAUUUGUCGAGUCCAGGUUAUGGACGCCUGUCUGCGGUGCCAGGCGGAAAGUAAGAAGGAAGUCUACGGUCGGCAGGAUUGCGUGGUUGUCUGGGGCGAGUGCAACCACUCAUUUCACUACUGCUGCAUGUCGCUCUGGGUCAAACAGAACAAUCGUUGUCCGUUGUGCCAGCAAGAAUGGUCCAUCCAACGAAUGGGAAAGUAAUCUGUAUGCCAGCUUCCCACAGCAACCGUGAUUGCUUCUCCGUCAUCCUAACAGAUCUCCGCAGUUAUGAAGCUGUAGUUGUUUUUCGGAAUUCGGGAUUUAUUUCGUUUUUCGAAAAGCGACAGUUAGCAAAGUAUACCAAUUGGUCACACGAUGUCGAAUUUUAUAAAUGAGACUUAUUUUACGGUGAUAAAUAAUAAUUAGUGCAUUUCAUGUACAGCUAGGUAUGCCUGUUUUUGAAAAGUCGUGAAUUAUAAAUAAGGUAUAUUGUAUAAAGAGCUCAUAUGUUUUGUUAGUUGUAAUUGUUUAUCGAAUUGGAUGCACGUAUGAUUAUAUAAUAACAAUUAUUUUUUAUUACAGACUUUAUUCUUUCACAUGUGUAUUAAUAAAUAAGGCAUUCGUCAAUUAGGCUUAAUUAAAUCUUUUAACUGAUAAAGUGUCAACGAUUUGAUAAUUGUUGAAGGGUUUAUUUUAAAUUUCAGAUUCGUUUAUCUUAUGUAAAUUUAAAUUGAUAAUAAUAUUUACAUAAUUAUUAUUUACAUAGCAUAACGUCUCUUCGGAAUUUUUCUCAGACUUAAAAUUCUUAGGACGUUAGAUCUGCAUCCCGAACACCGCAAACCUUAUCUAGUUUCUUCUUGACGAUAUAAUUCACAAACUAAUUCGUGAAUAGUAAGGAGAAACAAGAAAUGUAUAAAAGAAAAAUUUUUUAUUUCUAAUCUCUAAGAAUCGAUUACUACAUUACCAGAAAUAAAAUAACAAAAAUGAUUUUGUCUUAUUUCACGAUAUAUAUGAGUCUCAAAAAUCUCUAAUAUAGCACCAACAUUCCUGAUAGUACUUGAAGAAAAAGUUCUAAUAAAAUCGAGGUUCUAAUAUUUUUUAACUGGAACAUAUUUCACGAUAUAAUGAUCAAUAAAACUCGAAAGUAG